CUUUCUCCAUCGCGGGCUUCGGUGGUAACAGCGAUUACCGAGGACGAUCCAGGCCCUCCGGACAUCCUGUCACGAAGCAUCGAUCCCUAACUCUGUUCAAGACGGCGAUCACUGUCGUACACAGAUUUAGUAAUUGCCUCAUAAUCACAGCCCGUUCUCCACAACUACUCCGCAUAUACCCCAUGGAGAAACGUUAUCUCCGCAAACCAAUAAUCCUGUGGAGAUGCGACAACAGUCAGGAUAUUCCCCCUCACGCCAAGGAAACAUUCGAUGGAAAGCCCGCUCUCCUUGUCUGAUUUGGGGUCACCAUAGUCUCUACUAAUUGCUCACCUGUUGUGUUAGAUAUGUUUCUCAACUUGGAUAUGUAGAGUCAAAGCGUAUCUGACUUGCAUAUAAAGAUGUUGUUGUUCGCACUUUGAUGUUCUUUCAAAAUUGUCAAUCAACCAUUGUUGAAUCAUACAUUAGUAAUAAGUCUCGAGAACAGAUUUUCUACCAAUUGAGCUUACUUCAAUAUGGGUCUCUUGUUAAAAAAGCCUGAAGGCACUCCUGGAAAGUCAUGGCCAGCCAUUUCGAUUGGCUUAUUCGUUGCCUUUGGGGGAGUUUUGUUUGGAUAUGACACUGGUACAAUCGGCGGCAUUCUUGCUAUGCCCUUCUGGCAAGAUACAUUUUCGACGGGAUUUGUGAAUAGUAGCGGCCAUCGAGAUGUAACCGCAUCUCAGUCAGCCACUAUUGUCUCGAUUCUCUCUGCAGGCACUUUCUUUGGCGCGCUUGGAGCAGCCCCUGUUGCAGACACUAUUGGUCGCCGCUGGGGCUUGAUUGCCUCAAAUGUCGUUUUCUGCGUUGGCGUCAUUUUGCAAACUGCUGCUGUCGACAUACCUCUAUUCCUUGCUGGUCGCUUUUUUGCAGGAUUUGGAGUAGGAUUGAUUUCAGCAAUGAUUCCGCUUUACCAGUCUGAAAUAUCCCCAAAGUGGAUUCGUGGUGUAAUCGUUGGAUCAUACCAGUUUGCCAUCACUGUCGGGCUUCUACUGGCUUCUAUUAUCAACAAUGCAACACACAAUCGACAAGAUACUGGGAGUUACCGCAUCCCUAUUGCAGUACAAUUUGCCUGGUCAAUGAUACUUGUUAGUGGCAUGUUAGUUCUCCCAGAAACACCACGAUACCUCAUCAAAAGGGACAACAUGCCAGCUGCGGCGAAAGCUCUCGCAAAAAUUAGGCGCCUUAACGCAGACGACACGGCUAUUCUAGACGAGCUUGCUGAGAUUCAAGCCAAUCAUGAAUACGAGCAGAGUUUAGGGAAGGCAACCUACGCAGAUUGCUUUAAAGGGAACCUCCUAAAACGUCUCCUUACUGGCUGCCUUCUCCAAAGUCUACAGCAACUUACUGGCAUCAACUUUAUAUUUUAUUACGGAACUCAAUUUUUCAAAAACUCUGGGUUUACAAACUCAUUCAUCAUUAGCUUGAUCACAAAUUGUGUCAAUGUAGUUUCAACAUUGCCAGGCUUGUACGCCAUCGACAAAUGGGGGCGCAGACCUGUUCUUCUUUGGGGGGCGGUUGGGAUGUGCAUAUCUCAAUUCAUCGUCGCAAUCCUAGGAACAACCACUACUAGCCAAGACUCUCUUGGAAACGUUAUUGUACACAACCUCCCAGCUCAGAAGGGAGCAAUUGCAUUCAUAUGUUUCUAUAUUUUCUUCUUUGCGGCUUCUUGGGGUCCUGUUGCAUGGGUCGUUACUGGAGAGAUCUUUCCUCUCAAAGUUCGUGCUAAAUCUCUUUCGAUGACGACUGCUUCAAACUGGAUGCUGAAUUGGGCUAUCGCCUACAGUACCCCAUAUCUCGUGAACUACGGCCCAGGUAACGCAAAUCUACAAUCCAAAAUCUUCUUCGUGUGGGGCGGCUGCUGUUUCGUUUGCAUUGCAUUCGUGUACUUCAUGAUUUACGAGACAAAGGGACUUACCUUGGAGCAAGUGGAUGAGUUGUAUGCCGAAGUUACUGAUGCACGGAAGAGUGUUGGAUGGACUCCAUCUGUAACAUUCAGAGAGACUGUGGAUGGGGCUAAUGAAAAGAAAAAUGGUACUGUGCAGGUUGAGUAACAAGAAAUAGCGGCGUAGAAUCUUGCUGGUAUGGCUAAUAUUUAACUGCUGUCCAACAGAUCCGACACACGAAUGUGGCGAGACAAUAGUAUCUUUAAGUUAUUUAGAUGUGCUGUUAAAUAAUAUCACUGUCUAUUUG